AUGAAGCCCCCAGCCCCAGCGGCUGUCGGGGUGCUGCUGGCCCUGGCCCUGCUGGCUCUCAUCCACCUGCCCCCACCCCCGGACCACUCCCUGCUCCCGCUGCCGGCCUCGUCCCCGCCAGGGCCUCCGAGGGAGGCGGCUGCCGCCCUGAGGCUGGAGAGGGACACUCCCCCUUGGCUCUCUGCUGACGACCUCCAGAAGAUGUGGCUGCUGUCCAGCGGGCAGGUGAUCUCCAAAACCCGUGUCCCUGCCCACGGGCAGAUCAUGCGAGUGAGGCUGCGUGCUGUGGGGGAUGCCACGGGAGAUGCCAAGGAGGACGUCUUGGCAGCCAGCCCGGAAGGAGACUGCCAGGAUGGGCGCUGUGGGCUCAUCAAGCGCCCCGGGGACCUGUACGAGGUGCUGGCCUUCCACCUGGACAGGGUGCUGGGGCUGAACCGCAGCCUGCCCGCCGUGGCCCGGCGCUUCACCAGCCGCCUCCUGCCCUACAGCUACACAGACGGCGCCCUGCGCCCCAUCAUCUGGUGGGCUCCUGACCUCCAGCACCUGGAGGAUGCCAACAAUGACCAGAACUCCUGUGCCCUGGGGUGGCUGCAGUACCAGGAGAUGCUGCAGCCGCACAGACCGAUGCCGGUGGCCAGGGAUGCUCCCUGCUCCAGCAUCCCACACAGCGAGUGGAGCCGCCUGGCCCUCUUUGACUUCCUUCUCCAGGUUCAUGACCGCCUGGACCGCUACUGCUGUGGGUUUCAGCCUGAUCCCUCUGAGCCCUGCGUGGAGGAGAUGCUCCACGAGAAAUGCCGGAAUCCAGCAGAGCUGGUCCUGGUCCACAUCCUGGUCCGGAGGAGCGCGCCAUCCCGCCUGGUGUUCAUCGACAACGCGGGCAGGCCACAGCACCCUGAGGAGAAGCUCAACUUCAGGCUCCUGCAAGGCAUAGACAGCUUCCCAGCGGCGGCGGUGGCCACGCUGCGCUCGGGCAGAUUGCAGAGCCUGCUGCUGCAGUCCCUGCGCCUGGACCGGGAGCUCUGGGAGAGCCAGGGGGGCGCCGAGGGGCUGAGACCCCUGCUCCGGACCAUUGACAGGCGAGCACAAAUCCUGCUCCGCCACAUCCAGGAGCACGACCUGACGGUGUUUGAGGACUCGCCGCACUGA